GCGCAAGGAGGUUGUGCAUGCGGGGAGAGCGGGAGGAGGAGUUAGCGGCCCGGGCGCCUUGUUGCUAUGGGGAGAAGGCGAGGGAGGCGGUGGCGUUGCCGCUGCUGCUGCUGCGCAGGGCAAGGAAAACCAGAGGCGGCAGCAGCAGCUGCUGAUUCCUGACACAUUUCCCCUGUUGCUGCCAUAUUGUGACCCCCAGUCUCCCUCCCUCCCCCUUGCACAAGCUUCAUGAGUACAGCCAACGAGAUUAAAUGGGUCCAGUAACUGGAAUGACUCCAGAGAAGAAAGCGGACACGGCAGGAGCAGAGAAAGCCGCCGGGCUGUGGCACAUCCAAAGGACAGGCAGCUUGCCGGAGGCGGUUGAUGCUGCUCAGCCGAAGGCCACGGCUGUGGAUAGUGAACUGGCUGACGACGAGCUCACAAACUUGAAUUGGCUGCACGAAAGCACUAACCUCCUCACCAACUUCAGCCUCGGGAGCGAGGGUCUUCCAGGGGUUAGUCCCCUCUAUGAUAUCGAGGGCGAUAACGUGCCGCCCUACCCUUCCUCCUGCUACUCCAAUCCCGAGAAGAAAUCUGCCACGUCGAAGCCCCCGUAUUCUUUUAGCCUCCUUAUCUAUAUGGCAAUUGAACAUUCCCCUAACAAAAGCUUGCCGGUGAAAGAAAUAUACAGCUGGAUCCUGGAACGCUUCCCGUAUUUUGCUACAGCACCCACCGGCUGGAAGAACUCUGUCCGGCAUAAUCUUUCCCUGAACAAAUGUUUCCGAAAGGUGGAAAGAAGCCAUGGCAAGGUGAACGGAAAAGGUUCUUUAUGGUGCGUGGACCCAGAAUAUAAACCGAACCUUAUACAAGCACUGAAGAAGCAGCCUUUCCCCUCUGCAUUUGCAUUUUAUACCCCACCGGCAUCACCACUGAGUGGUUCAUCUUCUCCUCACUACUUGACCUCAGUUCUGAAACAGAGUCAGGGUCCAUCUAUCAAAGACUCUGAUAUUGAUGCUGCUACUGCCAUGAUGCUCCUGAAUACUUCCAUUGAACAAGGCAUUUUAGAUUGCGAAAAGCCGCAACCUCUCAAGCUGUCCAAAAAAAGGAACUAUAUUAGCACGUUCCACAGCCCCAGUAAGGCAAGCCAGGGGGGGAGCGAUUCUGCUGUCCCCAGCAUCGACCCCAAGGAGGAUCACAAUUACAGCGCCAGCAGCGUGGCAUCACAGCGCUGUGCAUCACUCUCCAGUGUGUCUUCCCUCUCCUCCAUCGACGAGGUGUACGAAUUUGUCUCCGAGGCCAGCCGGGCAGGGAGCGAUGGCAGUGAAGGGUUCCACAGUGAAGUGGACACAGACGGCGACGACGACCUCCUGGCGGAUAGCGGCUAUACCUCGCAGCCGUGUGUCGGCGCCUCGGACAAGGCCCAGCCUCGCAAGAAAGGCCUGGAGGAGCUCUGCCAAGAGAUUGACGAGGAACUGAAAGAGGCGGCCGGAUCUCUCCUUCACUUGGCUGGGAUUAGCACGUGUCUAGGCUCCCUAAUAAGUACUGCAAAGACCCACAGCCAGAAACGGAGGAAAAAAAACGACGACAUGGCAUGAGAGGAGGGGGGGAGGGGGAAAAAACAAAAGAUACAUCUAUCAAUAGAUAUAAAUGCAUAUUUUAUUUUUUAGCGUGGCAAUACUCCUCUACUUUUUGCCCUUCACAAGGGAGAUCAAAGCCAUAAAAGGACUUUUUGUUGGUUGGUUUUUUAAAUUUUUCGCAGAUUAUAGUUUUGCAAUUUGUUUUCUUUUUUCUUUUUUUAAUUGCAAAGGUGGUGGUUUUUAGGCAUUGAAGACCGGAUUAAAAUUGUGCAAAAGAGGUGGAGGAAGAAAAAACCCAACUACUCCCUCCCACUAAUGGAAUAUGUAAGAUGGUUGUUAGGAUGGUUGGGCUUACGUGGGUGCCAUUGCCUAGACCAUCUCAUGCUAAAGAUAAGUUUGUAUAUCUCUUUGGGUGUGAAACUUGAGGAAUGUGUUAGCUCUGUGUUCAUGGGACACUCUGCAGAGGGGGCAUGGGAAAAUAGUGACCAUCCAAACGGUGCUGGGCUGCAGCGGUGUGCAGCAAUAUCUACAGGGCCCCAAUUUUCCCAUCUCUUGGAUAGAGGACUGUUGUUCAAACUUGGGUCCCCGGAUGUUGUCACACUACAACUCCCAUCAACUUCAGCCAGCUUAGCCAAUGGCCAGGGAUGAUGGAAGUUAUAGUCCAACAACAUCUGGGGACCCAGGGUUGAAGAACAGUGGUGUAGAGUAUACGCGCCAUGGGAAUGAAGAUGUGUGCUUUGCUUCCCAGUGCUCCUAUUCCACAUGGAGGCUUGAUGUUCAUAUGCUACACAUUGGAAUAGGGUCCUUUGUGCAUAAAGUCCAGUAUGUUCUCUUUCUCCUUUUGAAGAGCGAGGAUUGAAUGGAUGAGUCACAUGCAUUGAACUCCACACAUGUAGUUCUCAGCCUGCGUAAUUCUUAGCCCUCAAAAUAUCGGUCAGUAGAGCAAGCAGACUAGGCCUACAUACAUUGUCUCCUGUUCCAGCAUCCAGUGCACAAAUAUCAGAUGGACCUGAAAGUGGAGGCAGUACAUUGGGAGGGGGAGAAUAAGCACACACACCCUCUGCUCACGGGGUCCUGUCUCUGUUGGAAUCUAGACCAGGAGUAGGCAACAUGGUGCCCCCCAUAUGUUGUUAGACUACAACUCACAUCAUCCUUGACCAUUCCCCGUAGUGGUUGAGGCUGAAGGUAGAUGGAGUCCAACAAACAUCUGAAGAGCACCAGGUUGACUACCCCUCGUCUAGACUGUGGCUCGUUGUGGCACCUUCACAUGUUCUAAUUUAAGUAGUGGCAAACGCAGGAUAAGGUUUACCACCUUUCAGCUUUGCUUCCAUUGUUAUGUAAUUGUCUCACGUGCAAGUCAAGGUCUGAUAACCUGAAUAUUGUACAACUGCCAUUGUGAGUGAGUUACCAAUUGACUGCUUUCUGUAAUUAUAACACAGGGUGGGAGAGGGGAAUGGAACAUGUGAACUUGUAUAUUUUUUGAGACUCUAAUCUUAAAGGGUUCAUCUCCACUCUUGUCCUCGUAGAAUUUCCUUCCUAGUUGUAGCACGAAGUAAGGAGCUGGUUCCUUCUCUUGUUCCUUUUUCAAAAAAGAAGAAAAAUUAUUGUUUUUAUUUUAGAUCUUCAAUGUACAAGUUUAGUUAAACCCAAGGCCCUUCUUUCUGCCUUGAUACCCAAAAUUCAGUGAAAAAUAUUGACUGCUGAAAUCGUAAGUGACUGUGGCAGAGGGAACUUGUCCUUACAUGUUCAGGUGAAGCAUAAUGUAAGGGGUGAUUUUUAGCUGAUCCUGGCCUACUUCUCACUGAGGUGGUAAGCCUGUUCUGAACUGCACCAUUGCAGGCCACAGAAGAGCAUGACUGAAUGCUGUUCCUUGUGAAACAAAAAAAUCCCAGCACAUAGAAAACUAGAUGCUGGGGAGAGAGGCUCUAGCCUGACUUUCUCCUUAAAGACUAGUUCUCUUAAGUGUAGGAAUCCUUUUCAUGGUGGUGCAGCAUUCCAGUGUGAGCCCCCACCUGCACUCGGAGGCAGACUCGGAGUCCAAACGGAGUUUCCCCCCUCUUUGAGAACAAACCCCUUGAAAGGAUUUCCGAAUGCAUUCUUGCACCACUCGGAAGCAUAGCCGUUCUUCGGUCCUGCUGUGUGCUUCAGUUUUGCAUUGUGUUAACCCAGCAUCCCUUGAGAAGCCAGAAUAUAUUACAAGCAGCCUUAAAGAGCACAAUUUUUUAAAAUGUGCACGUGUGUAUUCACACACACUCUUUCCCUCUCUAUUUAAGCCACUGAAAGAAGCUUAGAAAAAGUAUGCUGUUAAUUCGUAAUGGGCUUUCACAUCUCUCUUGGGUAGGACUGACAGUUGGGGUGAAAUCCUGACUCCAAUCAAUGGGAAUUUUGCCACCGACGGUUCACAUAGCCAGGAUGGCACCUUUCUCUUUAUCCGUUACCUCAGCAAUAAUAUCACCUCCCUUGUCAAGUUUUGAGGACGCCCAAGAGCUCUGUGAUUGCUGUGCCCAACAUGGUAUGAUGGUGGAUGGUAAAAUGUAACAUGGGAAUGAUGAUAAGGCACCCUUGUUUCUGAGUGGAGCCUAAUUCAGGAUGAGCUUCCAGACACCUUCCAUCUUCACAUGUGCAGCUCUUUCUGUGAAAUGGCAAAGUUAUGCCUCAUGUGCAUUUUCUCAGAAAACAUUUAUUUUAAACCAUUCCCAUGAACCAUAAUAUGUGAUGCAUGUGUGCUCCUGUGUCUUGUAUGGUGGCUGCUAUGUUGAUUGGGUGCCAUUAUGUAGCUAGAAGAGGGAGGCAUCCUUGCCUAUGAGAUGGCUGGUCUGGCAUUCAAAGCCAACUGUAUAGUCCAGACUUAGUUGCUUCUGUCACUUGUAUUGAUGAACUUUGGAGGUAGGGACAAGACCCAUGUUUAUUGCAGGGAUGAGGUGGGCUGCGCCCACAUAUUCCACUUCUGAAACAAGCUGCCUGUUCCCUACGGUGGGCCUGGAGAGUGGCUCUGGUUGGAAUGAACACCUAGCCGAAAAGUAUAUUGCCAUGCUGCCGUGCUUGAAAAGUUUCCCAAAUAGGCCUGAUCUACUAGAAACCUCUCCCGUGAGAGCCCCAUUUGGACACUCCUGUGGAUUUCAGUCUCCAUGAAGGCAUGGCCAAGUUGUUAUGCUACGCCUGUUCCUUUCAGUGGGUACUUGUGCAGGAAAAGUUUCCAUGCAGCACAUCAGGGCUCUUGUGCCCAGUAAUGAUGAGCAUUUUGCGAUGUUCAAAGCAUCAGUGUAGCUGAUUCUGCCUGGCUUGGAGGGGCAGCUUGAAGUGUCAUGUUUAACCUUCAUGUUUAUUUCCAGUGUUUUCUAGUGUGAGUGCUCAUGAGUGGCCAGUUAAGCAAAUCUUACCCGUUAGCAAAACGCAUCCAAAUCGCAGAGACCAAAGUCAGUUUUUUGCAGAACAGAGUGAAGCUAAAACUUCUAUUAAUGGUACAGAGGUUCUUGGUGACUAAGCCGUCAGUGGUCAGAGUUUUGAUUUCACUGCCUCUUCAUGAAUACAGCAUGUGUAUACCUUCCCCAACCUCAUGCCCUCCAGAUUCCUGACUGUUGGCCAUAUUGGCUGUGGCUGAUGGGGAUUGGAACCCAACAGCAUCCAGAGGGCAUCCCAUUGGCUACCCAUGCUGUAGGAUCCAAUCAACCUAAACUGGGCUUUCUUACCACCUCUGGAGUACGAGGGAGCCAGGCCCUCAUGCAACUUCCUGGAUCCCAGUUACCAUUUAUUACAUAUUUAGGCAGAGAGAUUGUCCCAGUGUAGGGUUUACAUUUGCAAAAAAUUGUGUGUUUUUUUUUUUAGUAUUUCAGAGGAAACCUUUUGUUAAAAUGGUAGUAAACAGUAAAUGGCUCUACGUUUUAAUCAUGUUGCUAGUUUUGAGGGGGAAACAAAGUCUUCUAUCUAUUGCAUGGAUGUUUGCACGCUCACCUGUUUGUAUGCAUCCUUCUCUGAUGUAAAUGUUUCACCACCCAUGGUACCCAUCCUGUACGUUCCCUGUUUCUUCUGUGCUCCCCAGAAGCUCUAGUGGAUUGGCCACAACAACAAUCUGCCUCCUGAGAGUGCAUUUAGAGCCGUUUUCUACAUUACUGUUUUGCUUCCCAGAAGUUCACAACUACAAGUCACCAUGAGAAGGAUUUUCACACGUUCUUCUUGCAAGUCAGACAUGAUAUUUUGUGGUUAUUCUAAAAUAUAUAUUUUUUAAUUAAAUACCCUCAAAAGACAUUUUUAAAAGCUCCACCAGGGCAAUAUAAAGUCAAGCAGAGGCCAGAAUUGAAACACCUAUGGCUGGGGCAGUCAAUGUGGUGCCCUCCAGCUUCCCAUCAUCCCUGGCUGUUGGCCAUGUUGGCUGGGGCUGAUAGGGGUUGUAGUUCACAACAACUGGAGAGCCCCACGUUGGCUAAACCUGGCCUGUGGGUUAAAAUGGUUUAAAUACCCCCCAUUUUCUGGACAAAGAGGGUGUUGGGCAGGGUGCUCCUAAGGUUUGUUGUGCUGCUAAAGAAAAGUGCCUGCUCCAGGUGUCAUUAGAUCUCACCUCCCUAAAAGAUGGCAUCCAGAGCGGAGUCCCACCUGCUGGUCUUGGGGUGGCUUAUAUGGGAGGAGGUUUUCCAGCAGAUAUGAUGGGCUAAGGAUGUUUAGACUUGUUCCCAAGCAUGCCCAUGGGCUGUUCUUUAAUUAUCUUUGAAUACACAGGAACACACCUGCAAACUGCUAUCGUAACAGCUUGAUGAUUGGUUUGCAUCAAUGCAUGGGAUUGAUUGACCAAAUAUUGUAACUCAGUAGAGACCACAGAAGCUGAAGAUUUGACAAACACAGAGAAAGAAAAGGGCCAAGAAAUGCUCAUGUCUGAACUUGUGAACAGCUCUAGUGGGAUAUCCUUCCCAUGUCAUGGCGUGACUUGUGAGCCUGCACCCUUAAGCGAGAAAUGAUGUACGAUGUACAAAGUGGUCUUGAGCACCUGCAGCUUGGGGGUUGAAUGUGGAUUCACUGCUUGCACAUGCACAAGCUUGUAUAUUGAGUGCAAAUGCACAUUUUUUAAAAGUCCUGUAUGUUGUGUUUGCUGACCAGAGGUGUGUCUCCCAUUUACAUUUGUCCAAAAUACGUGUUUAAUAACUUUUGUGAUGUGAAAUUUGUUUUCAAACUUAUGCAGAUAACAACAGGGCUGUUUUUACAAAAAGGAAGUGUUUCUUUUGUUCUUGGACGUCUUUUUGAAAGCUGGCAAGAAUUAAAUACAUUGCCAGCUAAAGUUGACCAGCUUUCUAAAUGAUUUCCAGAACUUGUUUGCUUAGUCUUGCUGUCUUACCCCUUCCUUGUUAAAAGUUCUGUCUAUAGUCUUGCUCUUCUCCUCCCCUCUGGCCAAAAUCUAUGUGUGCAGAAUUGUCCCUCUGUGCCCUCCCUCUUAUUAAUGAAAUAUCUAGUCUCACUUUUAUGCUAGAAAAUGUGUUGUACUUGUUAGCAUUGCUAGCCAUUUUGCUAAUUAGAUGUUCUUAAUUUCCCCGUGCAAAGGCAGAGCAAUAAAUAAAAGCAUGAGAUGGGAAGUUGAGGGAACAAACCUUCACGUAAAGUCCGAAUUAAAGAGCUGAAAAUGGCAGGGGUAUGAAUUUUGGGGUCUAGUGUGUGGGAUCUGGGUUGUAUGUUACACAGGCCACAUUCCGAUGACACAGUAACCAUAAACCAUGCCUUACUACAAACAAGCAGUGUGCUAAUGCACACUGCCAAAUUGCUCCUGCCACGUUCCUCCUGUAUAGUGAGCAACAAACCAAAAGCACUGGCUUUUCAUGCUGUCCAAAUCAGCAUUUACAGUUUUCCUCUCCAAACAAACCAUCCUCUGAAGCCAGUUUGUUCUUGGCUUCCUGAUUGUGGCUUGUUUGGGAGAAAUGAACCAUGAGCACUGGUUUGGACAUUGCCAUUACUAUGGUGAUAGUAAGCCAUGGUUCAUGGUUUGUUGCUUGUGCUUGAGGAGGAGUGCAGUGGGAGGGCACUGGCAGCCUGCACUAGCACGCUGCUCACUUGCAGUCAACCAUGGUUUAUGGCAGCCUUUCUAUACCUUUGGGUCCCCAGAUGUUGCUGGACUACAACUCCCAUCAGCCCAAGCCAGUAUGGCCAACGGUCAGGAAUUAUGGGAACUGUAGUCCAGCAACUUCUGGGGACCUAAACGUUGGGAAAGGCUGGUUUAUGGCUUACAGUGUUGUCCAAAUGCAGCCCCAGAAGAGUGGAAGUCUGGAUUGUAUCACUUUGACAUGCAGGUGAGAAGUAGGUUUUUUUUUUUACUUUGCCCAUGUUAAAACAAUUCCUCUCUGCAUGUAGUAAAUCAGCACAUCAGAGAGAGGUUUAGCAUAACUCUCUCCCUGAUACUCUAUAUGCAUGACAACCAACAACCCCCCCCCCUAUUUUGAAUGGUUGUGAUUGUUUUACAUUCUGUUUAGAACAACUUGGAUCUUGGUGAGUAAUGUGUGAAGGGUUGAUCCCCUCUCCAAAUGCAUUGUGGGAAGAGUACAGGGAAGGGAGCUGCCACACCAACGGUCCUGGGGUGGCUGCAAUGCAGAUCUCCCAGUGGGUACCAUUCCUGCAACAGUUUUUACAUAAGAAUUGCAUCAUUGUGGGGCACACACAUAUUGUGUGAAUUAAUCUUUUUGCUCCCUACUUUUUCAGUGCUGCCAAGUCAGUGAUCCCUGUAAUGUCUGUUACUCCAGUCCAUGUUACACCCUGUAACAAGGUUCCGGGGAACAGGUACUUUUAAAAAAAAAAUUGGCUUUGGUUGGCUAUAUUCCCAUCAGCCUGCGUGUCUUCCUGUGGCCUGAAUCCAUGCAGAGCUCUGCUCCAGGAAAUGGAAAAACGUUCCAGCGUUUCUCUAUCUCAGUCUGUCCCAUUGUGAAGGCCUUGAGUUCUUUACAUCUGGCUAGCUCUGGCAUAACAGGGACAGGUCAGACGAUGGCUGGUGUUUCUGAAUAGAGAUGAACAUACCUUCAUUGCAAAUCUGCCCUGCACUUUACACACUCUGCAACGUUUACCCUUUGUUGACCUCCUCGACCCAGGCUGGAAUGGCCACAAGCCAGGAAUCAACAUGGAUAGAGGAGAAUUCAUUUAGGUUGCUUACAUAUGGCGGAGUGUGUGUGCCUGGGCAUUUUUUUUUCCCCAGGCAUGGUGGUUUUUUGCUAGCUCAAGCACCAAACAUAAGGGCAGUAGUCCUCUAAACGCACCUUUAUAUUUUUUCCGUGUGUUUGUUUUGUAUGUUGGGCUUUCCUGCCAGCUGAAAGAUCCCAGUAUGCAUACUGCUAACACAGAGUGCAUCUGCACUUCUCUGCGACGAGAGGUUGUGCCUAGGUUACACCUGGAUUUGCAGCCUUUCUUCCUGCCUACGCUAUAAGCCCUUUCAAUAGAAAUUCCUGAAUUAGAAUUAAUUGACGUCUUCAGAAAAAGUACAUGGAACAGUCCUCCUCAGACUAUAUCACUUUAGAGUGCAGGUGGUCUGUGUGUGAUUGAAUGAAUCUUGCACAAAGAAAACUAGCGUGUCGGAGAAGGCUAGACUAGGACCUUUAUCCUUGACACAUGAGCUUUCUGCCUGCAGGGAGUUUGGGGGGAAUAUUUAAUCAUACUCUACUCCCCCCAGAUAUUUUAUAGUAUAAUCCCAGGAUGACUGUACCAUACCAUUUUGUGUCCAUGAAGCUCAGCCUUUAAUCACCCUUAAUUUUUUUAUUUACUUAUUUUUUGCUCACAUUGGAAGAGAGGGUAAACUAGCCUUAUUUUACACUCAAGUCAGAAGGAUAAAACAAUUUCUUGUUUUUAUUGCCGCUAUAAAGAUAGGAGCAGGUGGAGCUACUCCUAAAUCUCUUAGGAGAAGACAGCUGCCCACCAGUGACGUGAAAGUGUUUCAGUGAUGGCCAUAGUAGCUAACUUUGCCGCCGUUAUCUAUGAAUAUACAUUUAAGGUACAAGUCAUGCUUGACAGAGAACUGCGUGAAAGGAGUCUGCCAUUGUCAGUUACUCCCGUGUAAGGGGUCACUUAGGCCCGAUGUGCACUAUACCUUUAAAGUAGUAUCAUACCACUUGAAACAGUCAUGGCUUCCCCCCAAAAAUCCUGGGAAGUGCAGUUUGUGAAGGGUGCUGAGAGUUGGUAGGAGGUCUCUAUUCCCCUCAGCUACAAUUCCCAGAGGUCCCUGGGAAGAGGGAGUGACUGUUAAACCGCUCAGGGAAUUGUAGCUCUAUGAGGGAAUAGGGGCCUCUUAACUGUGCUCAGCACCCUUCAAAUACUUUGCUUCCCAGCAUUCUUUGGGGGAAGCCAUGGCUGUUAAAACUGGAAUAACAGCACUUUAAACAUAUGGUGCGAAUGCAGCCUUACUCUGGGACAUGCCCUUCUGUUGUGUCCCACUCUACAUACAGUGCCUUGCAAAAGUAAUCAGACCCCUGACCAAUGCUCUCAUGCUACUGAAUUGCAAAUGGUACAUUGUAAUUUCAUUCUGUAUGGUAUUUUAUUUUGAAACACUGAAACUCAAAAUCAAUUAUUGUAAGGUGAAAUUGGUUUUAUCUUGGGAAAUGUUUGUAAGAAACAUAAAAAAGGGAAACAUGUUGCUUGCAUAAGUAUUCAACCCCUGUGCUGUGGCAGCUCCCAGUUUACACAGAUGAAAGAAAUUCCCCUAUCUAGGACACAGUCACCUUACCACUGGCCUCCACCUGUGAACCAUUAACGUUGCUGUCACAUUAUCAGGAUAAAAACCCCACUGCUGAAGGAUCAUCGGUCAUGCUGUGGACCUGAAGGAAAAUGAAGACCAAAGAGCAUUUUACAGAAGUGAAAGAUAAUGUAAUACAAAUGCAUAGAUUAAGAAAAGGGUACAAACUAAUAUCCAAGUGUUUGAAUAUCCCAGUGAGCACAGUUGGAUCAAUAAUCAGGAAGUGGAAGCUGCAUCACACCACACAGCCACUGCCAAGAAAAGGCCGUCCCUCAAAACUCAGCAUUCAAAGAAGGAGACUUGUAAGAGAAGCCACAGAGAGGCCAACAAUCACUUUGAAGGAGCUACAGAGUUCAGUGGCUGUGAGUGGAGUAAUGGUGCACCAGUCAACCAUAUCUAGAGCUCUGCAUAACGCUGGCAUGUAUGGGAGGGUGGCAAGAAAGAAGCCAUUACUCAAAAAGUACCAUCUGAAAGCACAUCUGGAGUUUGCCAGAAAGCAUGAGAAUGCCCCAACUGCGAUGUGGGGGAAAGUUUUCUGGUCAAAUGAGACCAAGAUAGAGCUUUAUGGCCAAAAUUCAAAGUGGUGUGGUGCAAACCUAACACUGCCCAUGUCUGAAGACACCAUCCCUACAGUGAAGUAUGGUGGUAGCAGCAUCGUGCUGUGGGAUGCUUCUCAUCAGCAAGAACUGGCAUCUUGUUAAAAUGGAAGGAAGAAUGGAUGGAGCAAAAUACAGGGACAUACUACAAGAGAACCUGCUUCAGUCCACUAAAAGUUUGAGGCUCGAGCGGAAAUUCCCUUUUCAGCAGGACAAUGUUCCCAAGCACAAGGCCAAAGCAACAUUGGAGCGGCUCAAAAACCAAAGGUGAAUGUCCUACAGUGGCCCAGUCAAAGUCCUGAUCUCAAUCCCAUUGGGAAACUGUGGCACUAUUUGAAAAUUGCAGUCCACAAGCAACGUCCAACCAACCUGAACGACCUGGAGCGAAUCUGCCAAGAAGAAUGGGCCAAAAUCUCUCCAACUCUGCAAAGCUGGUACAGACCUACCCCAAAAGUCUUAAAGCUGUUACUGCAACGAAAGGUGGCUCUACCAAAUAUUAAUGUGUUGUGGUUGAACACUUAUGCAAGCAACAUGUUUCAGUUUUUUAUGUUUCUUACAAACAUUUCCGAACAUAAAACCAAUG